UUCGGCGUUUCCUCGAACUAAGAUGUGAACUGAAUGUGAAUAUCUCUCCGCUCGUGAACAGACUGUAUUCAUCCACUCAGCCUGGAAGUAAGUAGACCCUUUACGUAGAGCCUGACGCUCACGUCUUGCCGGGGGGCGGAGCCAGGUAUCCGCUAUAAUGACACGUAAGACUCCUGCGUAAUUUUUAAGGAAGACGCCUCACAUUUCCCGUAAUUGGAUGGUGGAUACGACUGCUUCUCCUCUGAGUUGAUGAGUAAUUGAGCUGUCUGGGACCAGUGGCUUCUUCUUCUGGAUCCGCAAAAGAGACGCACGCUUCUCGGGGAGAGCAGCCGACGCACAAGAUGAGGUUUUCGGCGCUCUUGUCUGUGCUGCGGUCGGUCGGCCCGGUGAUAAUCGGCAUUUCUUUGGGCUUCACGCUGAGUUUGUUAAGUGUAAACUGGACAGACGAAGCGUGUUAUGUGGACGUCAAGGAGGGCGAGGACACGAGUUUGGCUCAGGACGGACUGCUCAAAGGAGCCCGAAAGCCCAACUCCAUUUCCAGCCUCAACGAUGUGGAGUCAGAGGAGGAUUUUGAACCAAGGAUAGUUCCAUAUAAACAGGUCCAGAGUGCAGCGAAGAAAGUUUUCAGGGCUAGAUACAUAAGCACCGAGUUGGGGAUGCGAGAGCGUUUGUUUGUCGGGGUCCUGACAUCCAAAAACAGCAUAAACACAAUGGGUGUCGCCGUCAAUCGCACCAUUAGCCAUCACCUGGACUCCGUGAUCUUCUUCACCGGCACGCACAACCGCAAAGUCCCUCAUGGCAUGUUCACGGUUUCCCAUGGAGACGAGAGGCUGAUAUGGAACAUGUUUCAGACCGUCAAAUACAUCUUUGACCAUUACAUCAAUGAAUACGACUGGUUUUACUUUGUCCAAGACGACACCUACACCGAGGCGGACAGGAUCAAAACCCUGGUGGAUCACCUGAGUAUGGACCGAGAGCUUUACAUGGGCAGUCCCGAGGAGUUCAUCGGUGGGGAGAUGGAAGGGAAGUAUUGCUAUGGAGGCUUUGGAUACCUCCUGUCACGUACCUUGCUCCUGCGACUCCAGCCCUUCUUGGAAAACUGCAGGAACGAUAUCCUGAGCGCCAGGCCCGACGAGUGGCUCGGGAGAUGCAUCAUCGAUUACACCAACAUAAAUUGUGUCGGUGAAUUUGAGGGGCAUCAGUACCACCAUUAUGAGUUGGGGAAAAACUCUGAUCCAAGCAAAGAGCAGAGUGAACAUUUCAAGACGGCUCUGACCGUGCACCCAGUCUCUGACCCCGAACAGAUGUAUCGGCUGCACAGAUUCUUCACCGAGAUUGAACUCCAGAAGACGUACGAUGAGAUCGCUAAGCUGCAGAAAGAAAUAAAGAACGUCAGUGUGGUUGCUUUUGAGGGCAACCGAAGUGCCCAUUGGCCGGUGGGGAUCAAUCCGCCUUUUGAGCCCAAAUCCCGGUUUGAAGUUCUAAAGUGGGAGUACUUCACAGAGGAAGAGAUCUAUUCAUGCAUUGACGGCUCCCCCAAGUGUGAGCUGCAGGGCGUUGACCGCAUGGACGUGGCCGAUGUCAUUGACACGGCCAUCCUCGAGCUGAACAAGAAGUACAAGCCUGUUUUACACUUGAAGAAGCAGCAUCUAAUUAAUGGUUACAGGCGCUUUGACCCCAUCAGAGGCAUGGAGUACACUCUGGACCUUCAGCUUGAGGUCGUUAACCAGAAAGGUCACAGUCGUUCCAUCAGCAAGAGGGUUCACCUGGUGCGACCUUUAAGCCAAAUAGAGAUAAUUCCCAUGCCCUAUGUCACUGAAGCCACAAGGGUUCACAUCAUUAUACCUCUGACUCUGCAGGACCGGGGCCAUGUCGACCAUUUGCUUGAAGUCUUUGCCUCAAACGCCUUUGAGACGAGUGAAAACGCCAUCCUGACGUUCUUGUUCAUUUAUGACCCCGUGGAGGCGCAGCAGGUCAAUCAGAACGACAUAUUUGCCAGUGUGAAGACUCAGAUUAACACUUAUGAACGCAAAUACCCCACAGUGAAAAUCCCUUGGAUAAGUGUCAAGACGGAAACACCCUCCCAGAUUAAGUUCAUGGACAUAAUCUCGAAGAAGCACCCAGUUGACACACUGUUUUUCUUGGCCAGCGUCACCACAACUGUCAAUACUGAAUUCCUGAACCGCUGCCGCAUGAAUUCCAUCAACAACUGGCAGGUGUUCUUUCCCAUUCAUUUCCAGGACUACAAUCCCGACGUGGCCUAUCACAACCAGCAGCAUCCGGCCACCGUGGACCUGGUCAAAGACGCAGGCCACUUUGACCGCAAGUCGUUUGACGAGUCGUGCUUCUACAACUCGGACUACAUGGCGACACGCACGCGGAUGGCGGCCGACGUUCAAGAGAACGAGGAGAUCCUGGAGACGAUAGACAUCUACGACAUGUUCGUAAAGUACUCGGGUCUGCACGUGUUCAGGGCCGUGGAGCCGGCGUUGCAUCAGCAGUACCGCUACCAAGCCUGCAAUCCGCGCCUCAGCGAAGACGUCUACCACAGGUGUGUUCAGAGUAACUUGGAAGGUCUGGGUUCGCGCUCCCAGCUCGCGAUGCUGCUGUUUGAACAAGAGCAAGGAAACAGCACUUGAACGCACCACAGAAAAUGUCUGUCCAGCACUUGAUUUCAAACGGAUGUGAACAGCUAGAAUGUUUGCGGUGCGGUAAACACAGCUUAUGUUUGAAGAUGUGGUUACACGUCGUGCGUGAUCAAGGGUUAUUUGGUUUGUUCAUCGUGCAGUUACAUUCAUAAAGAAACUUUUUUUUUUGUAUAAGUGUUUACAUUACUCAUCCUUACAGAUGAGUACCAAGUACCAAAAAACUUUUGCUUGAGUUGUGUGGGGGCGAUUUUGGACCACUGGAGGGCAGAAACCCAAAGCAGCAGAGACUUGAGGUACGAAAAGCUUCCCCCAAUUCUGCGUAAGGUGUUACACGAGCGGCUGGUGUUGCCUUCAUCUCAAAGUGUUCAGUGAAAUUCCAAUAAUCACAGUAGGGAUUUUAUUCUUGGCGUGUUCCACCAACUCCUCGAUUAAAUACCUCGCUCAGUACGACUUUGCAGACAAUAGGCUCGGUGGAACCAGUGUGCUUAGAACUGCCGCAUGAGAU